UUGGUGUAGUGGUCGUCGUCACAUCACUGGUCGCCACAUCUUGAUUCUUGGGAUUGCUGACUAUCGGAAGUAGAAGGAAGAUAGUCAACUGGAAGGGGAUGAUGGCGCCCUUGUCGCACGGCCCUACUCCGUCCUGCCGCAGGAGUGAGGCCGAAAUCAGUCUAGCCCUUCGCUUCGUUGUGAGCGGUCGCCGGUCGGGAGCCUAUAGUUUCCGUUGCAAGUGUCGAGAGUUCGCAAUGACGCCAAACGGAAGCCGUGCCAUCUGUUCCGCCCAUUCCAGCCACGUGUUUGCCUUAAGAUGCCUGCUCGUCUUCUAUCUGAUACAACAAGCCUUGGCAGUCGGCUUUGUGAACUCUUACCCGCCUACACUUGCCCCGAAGUUCUUGACGCGAGGCCGGUCGUAUCGCGCGGUGAUCGGCCAAACCUUGGUGUUGCCAUGCGAAGUACAAAAUUUGGGUAACUUCGUACUGUUAUGGCGCCGCGGGGCUUCGGUCCUCACAGCGUCCACCUUAAUGGUGACUCGCGAUCCGCGUUUUCGCCUUGUCGACGGUUACAAUUUACAAAUCGGCGACGUGAGACCCCAGGAUGCUGGUGAUUACAUGUGUCAAAUUAGUGAUCAGGAUAAUCGAGACCAGGUUCACACUGUCGAGAUAUUAGUGCCGGCGAGCGUACGUGCCAUACCGUCUAAUGGGCACAUCACAGCCAGAAAGGGGGGCACGGUUACCCUGGAAUGCAAGGCUUCGGGAAAUCCUGUACCUCAUAUACACUGGACCAAAAAGGAACAUGGUCUUCCUAGCCAGUUAUCCUUGGAAGGUCCAACACUAACUCUGGAACGUCUGGAAAGAAAGGAUGGAGGUGUUUACAGGUGUGUUGCCUCUAAUGGUGUUGGUGAAGAAGUCACAGCCGAUAUCCAGCUCACAGUUCUAUCCCCACCAGAAAUUACAGUAGAUAGAUCAUGGGUACAUGCUGGUGAAGGACAUGAAGCUCAAUUAUCCUGUACCGUCCAUGGAGAAACUAAUCCAGAGAUAACUUGGUAUCAAGACUCGUUUCCCAUUCAGCAAUCCGAUAGAAAAUUAAUGGAUUUCCGCGGAGAGAAACAUUCUUUGAUUAUAAAAAAUGUUCAAGUCGGAGACUUCGGUAAUUACAGUUGCAUAGCCGACAAUUCUCUAGGAAGAGCGAAAAAGUACAUAGAAUUAUCCGGAAAACCAGGUCCGGCUAAUUUUCUUUCUCCGGUUUAUGGACGCUCCAGAGACUCUUACAAUUUAACAUGGGCCGUACAAAGUUGGCCACCCCUGGAAGAAGUUCGACUUAUGUACAGAAAAUUGAUGAUGAAUGAAAGCUACCAGCAGCCUGGACGUUGGCGUGAUAUCAGACUGCAAUCCAUGGCUCCUGAUUCUUUGUCUGGUGACCAUGUAAUGGCACACAUUAUAAGGAACCUUUCACCUGGUGCAGUGUACGAGGCUGUGGUUCAAGCCAGGAAUAGGCAUGGAUGGAACGAGGCAAGUGACAUCUACCAAUUCUACACACGUGGAAGUGAACCCAUGGAAGAUCUCCUUUUAAUGUCCAGCACGUCGGCAGCCUCCAAUAUAAUUAUUUUCAAUUCAUUUUUGUUAAGUGCGACGACAGCAAUUUUAUAUUUCUGAACAAGACAGACGAUGUGGAAUAUUCGAAACUUAGUGUUCAUUUAAAUCGAAACAAAUUCAAUAAAUUGGUGACCCCGUACAAAGAAACGAAGACUGAAAAGGUUGUGACAGGAUCAUACAAGGUGACAGGAGACCGGAUGACACAUACUCUUCUUUUAUCUAUGGGAUGACACUUCAAGCAAGCAAGGUUUGUUGGUCGCUGUGCGCAAUUUCACAAUCCAUUUUAAUCUCAGCCAUCGCGAGAAGAAGAUCUUGGGAAGCCAGUAGAAACUCCAGUAAUAGGAAGCCAGUGUACACUCAAGUAGUAGCUCUGCUAUAAAAUAGAAGCUUGACAAUAAUCAAUUGAAUUAUAAAAAAUAAGUCAACUCUGGAAUGAGAAUCCCGUAUUAUCCUACUAGCUUGCUUGCUGCAGUAGACUUCUUAGCUUUAUUAACUAUCGGUCGCUGAUGAACCACAAUUAAGAAUGGCAACCCAUAAGAGACGAUAUCUGCUGAAGGAUCAAAAAGACUUUUCUGGAAACGCCUAUUUAUUAAACGGAAUAUGCCUAGAAACUUCAAGUGGCUCCGCCGGCGACUUGAUUGGUCCACG